GGGCAUUCCACCAAGGUCUCUUGAUAUUUUUGCCAGAAGUUCUCCUGUUUGUAGGGAUGUUGCCUUGUCAUAAUCCCAAGCAGGUCAGCAGUUAACUCAGGCAUCGCUGUGCACAGUGCAUCUAUGCAACCAAAGCCCUCCACUUUUCUAUGGCUUUCUCGGUUUGGAAGGAUGAGUUCCGGCAUUCAAGUGAUUAUCCACAAUGCCCUCCCACAUCUCAUCCAUUCCAUCGCUUUUGCCAAUUGGGACAAUUCCUGGAGCAACUGUAUACUAUGUCCAAAAUAUCGAGAAUGUGACAAUCAGAACUCAGGCUAUCGCCGUCAACCAGUCAACAGAGAAGAGGGGGGAAAUCUUCUGCAAAUUCUGCAGCAAUUUCAAGGGAUGGAAAUGUGGUAGCCCAGAGGGGGGCUUUGCUGCUUCAUAUGGGGAUCGAUAUGGACUUCAUUCGGUAUGGCUGUUUUUGCAGGAUAUAUUUAUGACCGAAAAUUUAAUUUUAGAUAGUGUAACUCAGAUUAUGAGUGUACAUACUAUUUUAUUAGCUGACCUCUACACAUGGCAGGGUGCUGCUGACAAAGGUCCUCUAUAUGGCAUGGGUUCUGGUUCUUGGGGUGCAUUUGAGAAGUCUAGCCUCAUGCGUCGCUGAAAUCCGUUGUUUUUUUUUCUCCUGCUUUUCCUUGUGUCUCAAUCUGUAAAUUUUCUGUCCAUUAUAUAACCUUUCAUUCUCAGGAUGCUUGUAAAUGGGGCUGGUUGUAAAUGAUUUACAGGUUGUGUUUGAAUUCUAUUUUAAGCCCGUAAAGGUCUUCUGAUCUAGAAGAUUCAGCCUAGUGGAAUUUUUAAUUGUUUCUUCUUCUUUUCUUUUCUUUUUUUCUUUUACAUUGUAAAUGAUUUACUGCCGGUAAAAGAUACGGCGACGCCCCCUUUUAGCGGCACGUGUCCUACCGCCGAUAAUUCUUUUACCAGCAGUUUUUGAGACAUUUAGGGGCGGUUUUUGACCGCCGGUGAAGCCCAUUUUCCUUGUAGUGUCACCAAAAUCAGGAUUAGGCUUAAUCCCAAUUUUGCAGGUAAAUAGAUUGAUUUGAGUACUAGGGACCUUAAACAAGACCUUCAACUGCAAGCUAGCCAGGAUCAGACUUGCAUUGAGGUCUUUAGAGAUCAUCUUGAUAUGUGAAGGUCAUGACUAUGCAUUUGAUCAUUUGUGACUGUUAAUCCAGUGGGCCA